AUGGCCAAGGUACUUGAUGAUAUCUCCCACAGGAGGUUUAACCUCCUUCGUGGUUCCUCCAUUUUGGUCUCUCCCCACCGAACCAAGCGUCCCUGGCAAGGAGCGCAGGAAAGUCCCUCCAAGACCACCCUCCCCAAUUACGAUCCCGAAUGCUACCUCUGCCCCGGGAACCAACGUGCGCAAGGUGACAUCAAUCCGAAGUAUGAAAGCACCUUCGUGUUUGUCAACGACUACAGCGCCGUAAAGGAGGAGCAGGCGGACUAUGAGCCCAAUUAUGAAGAUGAACUCGAGGCCCGCUUCCUUCAAGCCGAGCCCGUCACUGGCAAAUGCUACGUCCUAACCUUCUCCGCGGCCCAUAACCUCACCCUGGCCGACCUUUCACCCCGCGAGAUCGUCCCCGUGAUCAAUGCCUGGACAGAGAUUUACACGGCUCACCUCUCGCCCACCUCACCCCUCGCUCAGAACGCCUCCUCAACUACCAUCCAGCCAAUCUCCCACGAGACUAGCCCCGCGAAGCCCAACGAGCAAUAUCGGUACAUGCAGAUCUUCGAGAACAAGGGCUCUGCAAUGGGCUGCUCAAACCCUCACCCGCAUGGCCAAGUCUGGACCACCAGCACGAUGCCCGAAGAGCCCGCGGCCGAGAUGACCCAGAUGCUUAAGUACCGUACCGCGCACAGCACCCACCUCCUCGAGGACUACGCCAAGCUUGAAAGCCGCAAGCAGGAGCGCGUCGUGUUCGAGAAUGAGGCGUUCGUCGUUGUUUGCCCGUGGUGGGCCACAUGGCCGUUUGAGGUCAUGAUCAUCAGCCGCACCCAUAAGCGUGCAUUGGUCGAUCUGUCGGAUGCGGACCGUAUGUUGCUGGCCGAGGCUAUUUCUGACAUCACCCGCCGAUAUGAUAACCUUUUCGAGACACAUUUCCCCUACAGCAUGGGAAUUCACCAGGCGCCACUUGAUGGCACCAAGGAGGAGGUUGAGGCUUCCUACCUGCACCUCCACUUCUACCCACCAUUGCUGCGUAGUGCCACCGUGCGCAAGUUCCUGGUCGGCUAUGAGUUGCUGGGUGAACCUCAGCGCGAUAUCACGCCUGAGCAGGCCGCGGCUAAGCUGCGCGAUUGCGGCGGUGAGCUGUACCGCAAGAAGCUUGAAAGUUAG